ACAGCACACAUCGCUAGACGUCACUAGAGCAAGACCAUGACGAACACCGGUUGGAAGUAUGCGGUAUGGGCGGUGUUGGCCGCCACUAUUGCCGCGCUUGUCCUGCAAGCGCGCGGCGAGCCCGAGUGGGCCGAGUCGGGCGCGGUCGACGGGCCGACGGCGCUGGGAUCCAUGGACGUCGUCUUUGUCAUCGACACCACCGGAUCGAUGGCUGAUGAGAUUGCCGAAGUCAAGAACUCGGUCCUUCGCAUUGCCGCCCAGCUUGAGGCCGAGAUGGCGGAGCUCGAGGCCGCAGCGGCCAAGUCAACAGCCACGGUCCCGCCGACGCUCCGCAUGGGCGCAGUCUUCUAUCGCGACGUCGGCGACGGGCAGGACAUGAUCGAGGCCUUUCCGCUCACCACCAACGUGCCUCAGAUCAAGGCUGCAUUAGGCAGCGCUCGCGCACGCGGUGGCGGCGACUACCCGGAGCACGUUGGUGCUGGCCUCCAUGUAGGGCUCGACAUGGCCUGGCGGGUCUCGCCUGACGUUCUCAAGAUCAUGUACCUCAUCGGUGACGCGCCAAGCCAGACGAGCUACACCGAUGGGCUGGACGUGGCGUCUGCCAUUGCCCGGGCACAGAACGCAGGCAUUGUUGUCAACGCCAUCGGCUGUUCCGGCCUCAACGCCGCCGGCGAGGCCGAGUUCCGCGGCGCCUCGGACGCCACCAACGGCGUCUUUGACCAUCUGGUCUACUCACGCCGGAUCCAGACGCCGGACGGCCAGUACCAGACCAUCUUCCAGGUCGGCGGUAAGUUCUACGAGGCAGCGCCCGGCCACGAGCUCGACGACUCGGAGCUCGAGCGUGGCAUCGCCGCCCUGGUUGAUGACGAGGUCGUCGUCCUCUCCGCCGCCGCCGCCGAAAAGUACUACGGCGGAGCCAGUGGCGGGCGCGCAGGCAUGGCUCGCCGCUAUCCAGCCGGUGGCGCCGCUCCCGAAGCCAUGUACGGCACCACCGCCCAUGUCUAUGCCGACGAUGCGGCCGAUACUUCCUACGCCACGCCAGAGCCCGAGCGCAACCACAUCGGGACGCAAGUCGCCUCGCUCGCCAAGCAGAUGCUCGCCAAGUUUCUCGCAUGUGUCUCGCUGGCCACCUACCUGGUCGUCGUCGCCCGCGAUGACGAGCCCAAGCCCAGAAGGGUCUCGAUUGCCGACAUCGUCGCCUCGUUCAUCGCCACGGACAACUCCAAGCUCUCGACCAAGCUCCCCGAGGCGGCGAGCGGAGGACGGCGGAUGACGACAGGCACGGGACGGCUGCGGUCUGUGGCACCUGGGGAAGAGCAUGCGGUGAUUCGAGGCAACGUGGCGGUGGCUGCUGCGGCGGAGGAGGUCCAGGAGAAGGUGCUCGCUGCAGGGCGUGGCGGAGGUCGGCUGUUGGUCAUCACCGGCGCCGGCUGCUCGACCGACUCGGGCGUGCCCGACUACCGUUCGCCGCAUCGCUCCGGUGAGUACAACCCGAUCCAAUACAAGGAGUUUCUGGAGGAGCCGGCGACACGGGUCCGCUACUGGGCGCGGUCGUUCAUGGGCUAUGCCGCCUUUCAGGCAGCAGAGCCCAACGCGAUUCACGCCGCACUGGCGGCCUGGCAGCAGAACAAGGUCGGCGCCAACGUGCAGAUCGUCACUCAGAACGUCGACUCGCUACAUCUGCAAGCUGGCUCGCCGCCCGAGGCCCUGCUGGAGCUGCACGGCCAUUUGCGAGAGGUCGAGUGCCUCGGAUGUGGCGCACGUGAGCCGCGUGAGGCGUUCCAGGAUGCUGUGCGGGCGGCGAACCCGGCGUGGGCGGCACUGGAGGCCGACCAGGCUGCGCGGAGCGCGCCUGGCGACGCCGAGGCUAACCGCGAGCUGAAGAUGCUGCGAAAGAAGGAGGCUGCCGAGCGGGAGCAACGGCCGGACGGCGAUACCGAGCUUGCGGCCGGCGAUCUCGGCUACGACUCGUUUGCCGUCCCGCCGUGCCCGAGCUGCGGCGCAAGCAACGAGGCGGCGGCGCGCAAGCCGUCGGUGCCAGUUGCCGAGCGUUCGAUCGAGCUGGCCGAGUCUGCAGACGCGCUGCUGGUUGUUGGCUCGACACUGAGCACGUUUUCGGCGCUCCGUCUUGCGCGGCGGGUCGCGCAGCGCAGGAGGCCGAUCGGCCUGGUCAACAUCGGGCCAACCCGGGCCGACACGCUACCGGGCGUGCUCAAAUACGAGGCGUUGGCGUCGGCACUCAUUCCGCGGCUGCAGCUGUAA